CAUUUUCCUAUCACAGUGAACGCUUUGCGUGCACGCGGUCCAUACCAUUUACACACCAUUCGCUCGCUUAUCGUCGCCACUAUUUUAUAUCUCAUUCAUAACGCCGGUGGUAUUGACUCGAAGUUAAUAUUUUUCUUAUUCACGGUAUCGCACAAUAUACAUCAAUUUUUUUUUUUUAGUGUUCUAUAUAUUUAACUUUUUCUUUUCAGUGUAUUUUUUUUUUUUUUAAUUUGGGUACUGUGUUUUUGUUCGAACUUUUUUCUAAGUGCUUUAAACUUAGUGUCUGAACAGAUUUCGGGACCUCAGUCACACCUCAAGUAUUGGAUAACGUCCUUUACUUCUAACCUUCAUUAGCAACUUUGGAUUUUAAUGCUAUUAAACAUGUUUUUCAAAGUCAAAUGGAAAAGAGUCGACAGACAAUGAAGAAUAGGAACAGAAAGUUACGGAAGUUAUCCAAACCGCCUGGGUCAGGGACUCGCAUAUCGUCAAUCUGGCUUUUGUAAAACCAGCUCCACCAGGACUGCCCCUGUCCUCAACCGGUUUUGUAGAAGACCGCUGCAAGCCUUCUACUACAAUGCCUUUUAUGGACGACGUACUCCUCUGGUGUCCAGAGGCUGAAACUAAAAUUGAAGACUUUACCGAAUGUUUGAGUAACGAGGUAUCCGGCUUAGGUGAAUUACUCCAGUCGGAUAUAUCAAGUGAAUUUGACAAUGCCUUAAACAGCACACCUAGUGGACAAAAUGUCAAUGUUACGGGUACAACUGGCGAUGAGGACAUUAUUAAACAAUUGUCUGACUCUUCUGCAUUUCUUGAACAAUUUUUUGAUUUUGUCAACUGUGAUAUAAAGGAAGAAAACAAUAAUAAUGUUGUGACAUCAGGGAACAAAAAUCAUGCAGCAGUUGCUUUACUUCAAGAAUUGCAACGCACAAAUGCUGGAAAGAAACUCAACAUCACAUCUGCAAAUCCUCUCUUAGCAGAAAAACUACUUAAUCCUGUACCUCAGUUCAAUUCAAAUGCGAGUCAAAAUUCAGCAGAACUAUAUAUGAAUCAAAACAAGUACAGUUCUGUCAAGACAGAACCAACUUCUAUUAAUGAUACAGGUGAGAGCUUAAAAGUCCCGUUCAUUUCUCACGGUAAUGAAAAGGACGAAAACAUCGACUUCCUAGAUCACCUCCGGAUACCGGGCGGAACAGCUGUAGGAAAUCCAUCCGCAGCGGCCGACCACAUGCCGCCCAGGCAACAGUUGUCGUUUGCUUUGCCCCACAGUUUUCAUCAUCACGCCGGUUCUUUACCACCAAGCCCCGCAGACUCCGGUGUGUCCGAUGUGGAUAGUAGUAGCAGCGGACAUACAUCCACUGACACUGAGCUCAGGGCCCGGCUUCAACCACACCAGUAUCACCAUCAAGUAUCUUCUUGUGGCCGCCGUACCAGUCCAGAUCCGCCAACCAACUUAGCACAACAAUGUCACCAACAACAACAGCAACAAGAUUUGUUCUCCAGAAUUUAUGGAGCACCAUCGUCGGGAGUUUAUCAUCCAAACCCUGCGCCUUCUUCAUCACCAUCCAAACAUCCACUCUUUAUGCGGCAACCCAACCAUCCUUAUGGUGGUGUCGCUGGUUACCCUUCGGCUAAUGGUUACGGUUCAGUGAGCCCAACCGCUGCUGGCCAUUUUGCCAUGCCACCUUGUCCGUCAGCUACAGCUCGGGGUUCUGUCAUACAGGGGGCGACGGUCAACUGUUAUCAGCCAAAUGCAGCUAACCUUAAUGACCUUUAUUACAUGGACUUUGGGGCGCCAACAACUGGUGCGGCAGCCGCAGCUGCAGCAGCGGCAGCUAUGUACCACCAAAAAGCAAAAAAGAAAGCUAAGAAACAGUACGUCCAGAGGUCGAAUGGACUAAGUCCUUUGCCUUGUAGUAAUGGUGUACCUCAAUCGACAUGUCCACCAAUAGGUACUGGUCCAAAAAGGAAAAGCCGUGAAGGUUCAACUACUUAUCUUUGGGAGUUCCUGUUGAAAUUACUACAAAAUUCGGAUUAUUGUCCGAGAUUCAUCAAAUGGCUAAACAGAGAAAAAGGUGUUUUUAAGUUGGUCGACUCUAAGGCAGUAUCAAAAUUGUGGGGUGAACAUAAAAACAAACCCGACAUGAAUUAUGAAACAAUGGGACGAGCACUUAGGUAUUACUAUCAGAGAGGUAUUCUGGCUAAAGUUGAUGGCCAAAGAUUGGUAUACCAAUUUGUGGACGUUCCUAAAGACAUCAUCGAAAUCGAUUGUUCAGGAGCUUAAUAUAAUAAAGUUAUGAAACUAUUAGAUGUUUAUUUUUGAAGUCCGGCAAUGGCGACGGCUCUAUAUUCAAUUAUAAUGCGUUUUACCUCAUUGCGUUUUUAUUAUUUUAUGUAAAAAAAAAUAUAAUUAAAAUGAUCAUCAUAAAAACCGUUAAUUUUAAGAAUUAUACACUAUGUUAUGCCCAAUUAUUAUUUAUUUAUUUAUUUAUUACAAUGAUAGUAAUAGUAAUGAUAAUAAAAAUAGUAUGGUUUUUCUUUAUCCAUAAAGGAAAUAAAUGAAACAUAAAACAUGUAGAAGUUCUAUAGCAGUUACGAGUUGACAUUACAGUGCAAAUUAUCGACUGUAUUACCAGAACACUUACACUUUUUUUGUUUCUCGCACUAUUAUUAUUAAAAAUAUUAUUGGUAGUAUUAUGCUUUCUAUAGUUACAAUUAUCAUCAUCAUCAUUAUUGUAGCCAUUAAAAUCAUAAACAUUGUAAAUUAUUAUUUAUAAUAUCGUCGUCGCCAUGUAUGGUGUGAGUUAACUUAUGCGUGUAAAGACUGACAAUAAUAAUUGAUUUAAUUUUCGUUUUAAUCGAAAAGUAAAAUCUCCCCCCAAAAAAUAUAUUCAAUGGUUAUUGUUAGUUUGACCGAUCUCUAUGUUUUUAGUAUUUUAAUCAUACAAAUCUCGAAACAUGUACAAACAUUUUUUAUAGUUAUGUGUAUUAUAUGAAUUUAUUAAAUGUAACAUAAAUCGUUUAAAUUAUAUAGAAAAGCGCAUUGAUUCGAAACAAAAAAUUAGAUAACCUUAUUAUUUUAUAAUAUAAUAUAAUAUAUAUAAUGUAUACAUUUAUUAUGUAUAGUUGUUUUUACCAUUUUUAUUGUAAUUAUUUUUUGUUUGUUUCGGGAACACGUUUUUCUCUCAAUUUGUUUGUUUUAUUUUUGUAAGUUAAUUAAGUCUCCAAUUUGUACAUAACCAUAAUUUAUAAGUUAAACUAUUAAGAUUGUCAUAAGUAAUUAUUUUAUUUAAUAUUUUACGUUGGUGUAAGUUUUUUUAAUUAUUCUUGUAUUUAAAAAAAUAUGUAUACAUGAUGUAUUCUGUAAGCGAUUUUUUCAACCAUUUUUGUAUGCUUCUUUUAAAUAUUUAAAACGAAUUUUGUUUACUAUUUUAUUACUUUUUUUUAUUACUUAAUUCUAAGAUUUGUUUUAAGUCCAUGGUUAUCUAAAACCCCAAUAUGGUACAAAAAAGAUAAAAAACGAUUAAGUUUAAACUUUUAACUAUCAAAUCGUAAAAAAAAAUUAAAUUAUUUAUACAUUUAAAAUGUUUGUGAGUAAUAUUUAAACAUAUUUAUAGGCUCUUGUUGAAUGAUAUUUAAUUGUAAAAAGCUCAAAUUUAUUCUAAAAAUAAGAUAUAUUUUAUAUGUGGAUAAAAAUUUAAGUAUUAUUUCAAAAAAAAUAUGUAUGCUGAAUUAUUAUGGAUAUAAGCGCGUACUACGGGUAAAAACAUUUUUUUUAUGCUAUUCAACUAGAUAUAUUGCUCAAAGAAAUAUUUCUAACACACCUAAGUUAAAAAUUUAUAAAAUAACAAUAAUAAUAGUUUGUCUUACUCUAUUCAUAACUAAAAAAAAAUCCAACUGUAAAACUUAAAUUUUUUUUGAGUACAAACAAAUAAACAGACAAAUUGGAACAACUGAAAUUGAAAAUAAAUUAAUUGUGAUUCAAUAUUAUUACAAGCGCCUUUGAAAAAUUGUGAUUUUAACGAUUUAUAAAUGUUGUGAAGUAAAUAGCGAAUUAUAUCUUUUUUUAAUUUGUUUUUUUAAAUAAAUAAUUAUUCUUUCCUCCCGACGUGAGGACCGCGGAAUAUGAUGUGACGAAUGGAAUUAAGAGGAAUUUAUUAGGUAAGAUAAUAUUUAAACAUUACCAACCCAGAACUCUAAUAAUAUAAUAUUUAUUAAUGAUUAUGAUAAUAGUUAAUUGCUAAUUAAAUUUUACUAUUUCAAAUUUAGUCAGUCAUGUUGACAUUAUUCCGAUAGACAUUUUGAAAAUACUUGUUUUAACACGUUUGUAUUUUUAUUAAAUAAAAAAUUUAAACAAAUUUAAACGCGAAGAACAAAAUUUAUUAAUUCAACCAAUCUUAUAAUUAUAAGCUAUAUUAAUUUUAAUUAUACUUUAAUCAACAGUAAUUGUUAUUAUACCAAUUAAUAUAAUUAUUGUACCGAUAAAUUUUAAAGUAAGUUAAGAAUAAAAAAACCAGUGUACCUUGUUUCAAUUAUCUUAAAAUAUUUAUCAGAGUAUGUUAAUAUUCGGUUGUUUAAUUUUGCCUCGAGCAGACAUAAUUUAGCUCAAUGUUGUUUUGUAAAAACAAGAAAUCAACGAUUUAAUGAUAAUAAAGUACCAUAAAUGUUAAAAAUAAUAAAUGUAUGUUUGAUUUUUGAAUAUGAAAUAUUUUAAAAACUCAUUUAUAAUAUGUUAUUUGUACGAUUUGUACGAAUCAAUUUAUGUAACUUGUGUGAGUGUGUACCUAUUUGUCUUUCUUUUACUGUAAAAAAAACGUGUGCUGUGAGUGUAUGUUAGAUGCAAAAACCUACAAAACGAACAAAUAUGCAAAAUGAUAUGUCACAAAACAUUGUUAUGUCAAAUUUAUUUUAUAUAUAAUGAUACAUAAAAAGAUUAAAAUAAAAAGAUGUUUAAACGU